CACCUGAUACAGACUGAAUCUGUAGUCACAUGUACAUGCUCAGUUUGGUGCAUAUUGCUAGAGAGGUUUUUUUCUUUUCUUGGGAGAGUGCAUUUUGUGUGUACUGUGGGAGAGCAGAUAUAGUGAAUGCAGGGUCGUGGGAGACCAGAUAUAGUGAAUGCAGGGUCCGGGAGACCAGAUAUAGUGAAUGCAGGGUCCUGGGAGAUCAGAUAUAGUGAAUGCAGGGUCCUGGGAGACCAGAUAUAGUGAAUGCAGGGUCCUGGGAGACCAGAUAUAGUGAAUGCAGGGUCCGGGGAGACCAGAUAUAGUGAAUGCAGGGUCCGGGGAGACCA